AUCGAAUAAAAAAAAAUACUGACUCUGAAAACAGAGAUAGUUGAGAAAAUAGGAGAAAGAAAAGCAAAUCGCUGCCUUCCCCACCCCGAUCUCACAUCAUGCUCUCAUAAUUCUCCGAACCUCUUAAUUUCUCCUCAAUUUCACUCUCAAACCAUAAAAUGGCCAAUGUUUCAGUAGCUGCAGAAUGGCAGCUCCUCUAUAACCGCUACUACCGUAAGCCCGAGCUCUACCCUUUGAGAUGGAAAAACAUUGACUUAUCCCGCAACAAGGUCGCCUGUGCUCCCUUCGGUGGCCCGAUCGCCGUCAUCCGCGACGAUUCCAAGAUCGUCCAGCUCUAUUCCGAAUCAGCUCUCCGGAAGCUUCGCAUCUUCACUUCCUCCGGCGUCCUGAUCUCCGAUACCGUAUGGAAAAACCCCGGCGGUCGUCUCAUCGGCAUGUCCUGGACCGAAGACCAAACCCUAAUCUGCAUCGUCCAAGACGGCACCGUUUACCGCUACAACAUCCACGCCGAGCUGAUCGAACCCAACGUAACGCUCGGAAAAGAGUGUUUCGAGCAAAACGUCGUGGAAUGCAUCUUUUGGGGAAACGGCGUUGUGUGCUUGACCGAAGGAGGGUUGUUGUUUUGCAUCCCCGAUUUUAAGGUGAUGCGUCCCUGCCAGCUGGCGGAGACGGGGGCGGAGGAUUUGCCCAAUUGCAUGGCGGUUAUCGAGCCAAAAUACACGGUUUCGGGGAAUGUGGAAGUGUUGGUCGGCGUUGGUGAUGGUAUUUUGAUUGUGGAUGAAGAUGGAGUACAGAGAGUGGAUGGGGAAGCGGUUCAGGGUCCGGUUCAGAAAAUGGUUGUUUCUUGGGAUGGCAAAUAUUUGGCCAUUUUUACGCAUGAUGGGCGGAUUUUGGUGACGGAUAUUAAUUUCAAGGGAGUUUUGUUGGAGUAUAAUUGUGAGUCAGCUCUUCCUCCAGAGCAGUUAGCUUGGUGUGGACUGGAUAGUGUACUUCUAUAUUGGGAUGAUACACCAUUGUUGAUGGUGGGCCCUCGGGGAGAUCCAGUGCAUUACUUUUAUGAUGAGCCACUGCUUUUGAUCCCAGAGUGCGAUGGAGUGAGGAUUUUAUCGAACACAAGUUUGGAGUUUCUGCAACGGGUUCCAGAUUCUACUGUAUCUAUAUUCAAAAUUGGUAGCACAUCACCAGCUGCAUUGCUUUAUGAUGCCUUGGAUCAUUUUGACAGGAGAAGUGCCAAGGCAGAUGAAAAUUUGAGAUUGAUUCAGUCAUCCUUGCCUGAGGCUGUUGAAGCCUGCAUUGAUGCUGCUGGUCAUGAAUUUGAUGUUUCACGUCAAAGAACUCUAUUACGAGCUGCAAGCUAUGGACAAGCCUUCUGCAGCACUUUUCAACGUGAUCGCAUUCAGGAGAUGUGUAAAACCUUGCGGGUCUUAAAUGCUGUGCGUGAUCCUGAGAUUGGCAUCCCUCUCAGUAUUAAUCAAUAUAAGUUGCUUACACCAUCUGUGCUGAUUGCUCGUUUGAUUAAUGCCCAUCGCCACCUUCUUGCACUACGGAUAUCAGAGUAUGUUGGAAUGAAUCAAGAGGUGGUGAUAAUGCAUUGGGCAUGCUCGAAGAUAACAGCUUCAUUAGCAAUUCCAGAUGCCACUCUCUUAGAAAUUCUCCUUGAUAAGCUAAAAUUAUGCAGAGGCAUAUCAUAUGCAGCAGUUGCUGCUCAUGCAGAUAAGAAUGGCCGGCGAAAGUUAGCUGCUAUGCUUGUUGAGCAUGAACCUCGCUCCUCUAAACAGGUGCCACUUCUGUUAAGCAUAGGAGAAGAAGAUACUGCUUUGAUGAAGGCAACAGAAAGCGGUGACAGUGACCUUGUCUAUCUUGUUCUCUUCCAUAUCUGGCAAAAGAGGCCACCUUUGGAGUUCUUUGGAAUGAUUCAGGCUAGACCCCUACCACGUGAUUUGUUUAUAUCUUAUGCAAGGUGCUAUAAACAUGAAUUUUUGAAAGAUUUCUUUCUUUCGACUGGACAACUUCAAGAAGUUGCAUUUCUUUUGUGGAAGGAGUCAUGGGAACUUGGAAAAAAUCCAAUGGCAAGCAAAGGAUCCCCGCUUCAUGGUCCCCGCAUAAAACUAAUCGACAAGGCCCAGCAUCUUUUUGCAGAAACCAAGGAACAUACCUUUGAGUCCAAGGCUGCUGAGGAGCAUGCAAAGUUGUUGAGAAUACAACAUGAGUUAGAAGUAAGUACAAAGCAGGCCAUAUUUGUUGAUUCAAGUAUCAGUGAUACUAUACGUACAUGUAUUGUUCUGGGGAAUCAUCGUGCUGCAAUGAAAGUGAAGACCGAGUUCAAGGUUUCUGAGAAGAGGUGGUAUUGGCUUAAAGUUUUUGCUUUGGCUACAAUUAGAGAUUGGGAGGCUCUUGAGAAGUUCUCAAAAGAGAAGAGACCACCAAUUGGUUAUAGGCCAUUUGUUGAGGCAUGCGUUGAUGCUGAUGAGAAAGGUGAAGCUCUAAAAUAUAUACCCAAGCUUGCUGAUCUCCGUGAAAGGGCAGAGGCAUAUGCUCGGAUUGGCAUGGCCAAAGAAGCUGCUGAUGCAGCUUCUCAAGCAAAAGAUGGUGAAUUGCUGGGUAGAUUGAAAUUAACAUUUGCACAAAAUGCAGCAGCUUCCUCACUUUUUGACACUCUUCGGGAUCGAUUGUCAUUCCAAGUUUCAGGUAUUGUUGUGUGUAUAUUCUUUUGCUUAUUUUAUGGGAGAAAAGCUAGUGUUGUGGGAACAUUUAUGAAGAGAAAUAGAGAUUGCAGAUUGAGUGUAACAGACAAUAAAUUUGUGAGUGUUGCCUUGGUGCAAGUAGCCUAAAUCUUUUCCAGUGAGAUUGCUUCAA